AUGACCGCCGAGCACGAUGCCGCCAUUCUCCCCAAGCCGGGCGGUCCGUUGGCCGUCGGCAAGCGGGCCACCCCCGAGCCGGGUCCCAACGACGUCCUCAUCGAAGUGAAGGCCGUGGCCUUGAACCCCUGUGAUUAUUACCAGCGGGACUAUGGCAUGCCACCGGUGCCAAUCUACCCUGCGGUCAUCGGAGGUGAUGCAGCUGGUGUGGUCGCCAAACUCGGCUCGAGUGUCACGGGAGGCCCUGUGCCUGGUCCCGGAAGCCGAGUCAUUGCCUUUGCCUCGUCCUUCUACCAGAACGGCUCCCCCGACCACGGAGCUUUCCAAAAAUACGCCCUGGCUCAGUCCGAAGCGGUCAUUCCCCUUCCCGACAAUCUCUCGUUUGAAGAAGGCGCCGUCUUCCCCCUUGCUGUCUUGACGGCUCUAACGGCUUGGACUACGAUCGGUAUUCCGCUCGAUACUCGGUAUACCCCUGCGGAUAAGCAAGCGGUCCUAAUCUGGGGCGCGUCUAGCAGUGUCGGCUCAUUCGCCGUCCAGUCAGCCAAGACCCUUGGUUUUACUGUCUACGCUACGGCCAGUCCUAAGCACCAUGAGCUAGUUAAGAAGCUCGGAGCUGAUGCGGUCUUUGAUUAUAAAGACAGCGACGUUGUCUCCAAGAUUGUCGACGCCGUGAAGAAGGAUGGUGUAUACUUGCACACGGCGCACUGCGUCGUGGAUGGCGCCCUGCAGCCUACGUUAGACAUUCUAAAGGAAACUAAGGGGGAUGCCUUUGCUAAGGUAGCGCAUUCGCCUGUUCUCCCCGAAUGCCAUCCGACUCUCGAUAACACCCAAAUUACUUUCAACUUUCCCUCCAUGGACGAGGUGGUGCGGACCCGAAUAUCCAAAUUGAGGAGGGCGGUCUCGAGGGAAUAA